AUGAAACUCUCAGAACUCAUCGAUCCGGUCACUCAUAAAUGGGAUCAGAACCUACUGCAUGGACUUUUUACUCCUCACGAGGCAGAGCUCAUUGCAAGCAUCCCUCUAUGUUUGACUAAGGUGAAAGAUGUCAUGGUUUGGCCCUUUACUCCUUCAGGCUGCUACACUGUGAAGUCUGGUUCGAAGUUCUUAGUUGCGGAGCAAACUAGAAGCCAACAACGAAGUCCUAAUCCUAAUGAUAACGGGCUGUGGAAGAUGAUUUGGGGUCUUUCAAUGCCACCCAAGGUACGUAACUUCCUGUGGAGGGCUUGCCAAAACACCCUUCCGGCCAAGUACAACCUCAGACGACGGUACAUAUUGACAAAGGAUACAUGUGAUCUAUGUAAGGUGGAGGUGGAAGACAUAUACCACGCACUAUGGGGUUGUAACCAACUAUCACAGGUGUGGGACUCCAUCCCUUCUUUUGCUUUUAGACACUCAAAAUCCUUCCCCUCAAUCCGAGAAGUGUUGAAGUUCACGUAUGAAGAACAAAAAAAAUUUGAGUUAAUGGCUUCGAUUAUGUGGACCAUUUGGCACCAUAGAAACCAAAUUGACGCAAGUGAUCCAUGCAGCUUCACAGGCUCUCGCCACAUUCCAAGACUCUGUUUCUGGCACCCCAAAACAGAGCUGACACAGCUCACAAAUGCAGAGCAGGUGGUCUCCUCCUCCGAUGGGAAUGAUCAAGGUUAA